CAUAAGUGGUAUCCUGUCCAGGUAAAACUGCUGUUAAACCAUGGCAAAGGGCUGGAGUGCAUUUGUAGUGGCACUAGCACUGCUAGGAUGCUUAGUUGGGACAGAGGUAGUGGCUCAGGACUUGUACAAGCCUGCAACACCGGAUCAUCAAUACCAGCCAAAGCCACCGGUCUAUACUCCUCCACAGCCGCAGGCUCCUCAAUACCAGCCAAAGCCACAGGUCUAUUCUCCUCCACAGCCGCAGGCUCCUCAAUACCCUUCGAAGCCACAGGUCCAACCACCUCCACAGCCGCAGGCUCCUCAAUAUCCUUCAAAGCCACAGGUCCAACCGCAUCCACAACCGCAGGCUCCUCAAUACCCUUCGAAGCCACAGGUCCAACAACCUCCACGGCCGCAGGUUCCUCAAUACCCUUCGAAGCCACAGGUCCAACCCCAUCCACAGCCACAGGCCCCUCAAUAUCCUUCAAAGCCACAGGUCCGACCUGCUCCACAGACUCCUUCAAAGUUUCCUCAAUCUACUUACUUACCAAAAAUGCAAGCAACAAAGUCUGCUGCAUGGCAGCCUCGAGGCUUUUACGAGCAAGAGCCACAGGCCCCUAACCCACAGCAACCGGAGCAACCACAGAAACCGUAUGAACCACAGCAACCGCAUCAGCCACAGCUACCGAAACAACCACCGCAACCAACACCUGUUUUCCAUAGUUGUGAGGUUGCAGACAGCCAGAAAAUCCCAUGUGGAAGUCCGGCUAUCUCUGCUGCUGGAUGCGAAGCGAUUAGCUGCUGCUUUGAUGGCCAAAGGUGCUACUUUGCAAAAGCAGUGACCAUCCAGUGCACUAAGGAUGCCCAGUUCAUUGUGGUAGUUGCUAGAGAAGCCACUCUGCCCAACAUUGACCUUGAGAAAAUCUCACUGUUAGGACAGGGUCAAGGCUGUACACAUGUUGACACUAAUUCAGCCUUUGCCAUCUACCAGUUUCCUGUAACUGCCUGUGGCUCUGUCGUCAUGGAGGAGCCUGGUGUCAUAAGCUAUAUAAACAGGAUGUUUGCCACAUAUGAAAUUCAACAUGGGGAUCGUGGGUCUAUUACCAGGGACAGCCACUAUGACUUGCUCUUCGAGUGUAGGUACACCGGCACUUCUGUUGAAACUGUGGUCACGGAAGUACAGGCAUUAACAGACCCUCCUCUACCAGUUGCUGGUCUGGGACCCGUCAGAGUACACUUGAGGUUGGCAAACGGACAAUGCAAUACAAAGGGUUGUAAUGAAGUGGAUGCAGCCUAUACUUCUUACUAUACGGAGGCAGACUAUCCUGUAACCAAAGUACUGAGGGAACCUGUGUAUGUGGAGGUUCAACUCCUGGAAAAGACAGAUCCCCUUCUUGUCCUGACUCUUGGCCACUGUUGGACAACCACAAGCCCCAACCCUCACAGUCUGCCCCAGUGGGACAUCCUGAUAGAUGGGUGUCCAUACAGGGAUGAUCGUUACCUGUCUUCACUGGUUCCAGUUGAUAGCUCCUCUGGUCUGUACUUCCCAAGUCACUACAGACGUUUCGUGUUCAAAAUGUUUACCUUUGUGGACCCCACUUCAAUGGAGCCCAUGAGAGAACAGGUGUACAUUCACUGCAGUACAGCUAUUUGCGCUGCUGCACCAGGCCGCAACUGUGAACCAUCCUGCUUGAGAAGAAAGAGAGAUGUUGAGGCUGCAGAGGAGAUGACGGCUGAGCCAAAGGUUGUGAUUUCUGUUGGACCUGUGAUCGUGACUGCACCUCAGCAGUAAAUAGCACAGUGUUAAGCUGGUGAUUAGUAAAAAAUUAAAAUGUACGUGUUUGUAAUGUUUGCAAAAAGUCCAGUGAACAGUUACAGGUGUGCUGCAGGAAAAUCCCCAAAUUAUUGUAGUCAAGUUUGCAUUCAAUAAAAUGGGCUAAGUACA